AUUUUAGAAUAAAAAAACUAUGAAAUAAGCUAUAUAAAAAGCUUUGAUUGAAAUAGCAAAUCCAAAAAAAGGAAAAGAAAUAUCUAAAUACAUGAAGAAUGUACUUCCUUUUAGAGGUUUAUAAUAACCAGAGAUUGCAAAGGUUUUCAAUAUAUUUAAAGAUGAAAUAAAAGAAAUGGAAGAUGAUUAAAAGUAUGAGAUAGCUGAUUUUUUAAUGAGAUAAGAAUAUGGAGAAGACAAAAAGAUAGCAUUAAUGAUAGCAGAAAAAAUGAAAUUUGAUUUUUAACGAAUUAAAUUAACAGAAAAAUGGUUUAUUGAUGGUCAUAUAAAAGAAUGGGCAACAGCAGAUACAUAUUGUGGAAGAGUAUUAAAAAGGUUUGUAAUAGAUAAGGAAAAUGCAAAAUUAAUGUUGGAAUGGGCAAAACAUGAGAAUUUAUGGAUAAGAAGAUCUAGUUGUGUAGGAUUUGUAACUUUAGCAAGAAAGAAAGUAUGUGACAUGGAUUUACUAUAUAAAAUAUGUUAAGAGAAUAUAAUACAUUAAGAAAGAUUUAAUUAAUUAGGAACAGGUUGGCUAUUAAGAGAAAUGUCAUUGGUUGAUUUAAAAGGAGUUAUAGAAUUUAUUGAAAAAAAUAUAAAAUAUUUUAGUAGUGAAGGUUUAAGAUAUGCUUAUGAGAAGAUGAUAUAAAAAGAUUAAAAUUAUUUAAAAAAUUUAUUAAAAUAGAAUGGUAAUAAAAAUAGCAAAAAAGAAGAAGAAGAUGAAGAAGAUGAUUAAUAGGAAUAGGAUGAGAAAAUAUCAAAAUAAAAGGAAAAAUAAGAUUAAGAGAGUGAUUAAGAUUUUAAAAUAAAAAAUUAUAAGAAAUAAAGGAGAACUUAAAAAAGGAAACUUUGAUUUAUAUAUAUAAAACAA